AUGGAGCAAUCAUCGUCAGCAGGGCCUGUACAAAUAGUAACUAUAACUGAAGAUCACAAGUUUGUACUAGAUGAAAAAAAAUUAAAAAAUAUAUUAUAUAAUAAACGAGCACUCGGAAAAAAAAUUGGACUUGUAUCAAUUGCAGGUGAUUUCCGUAAAGGAAAAUCGUUUAUGCUCGAUUUUUUUCUUCGUUAUUUACGAGCUAAGGAUAAUAAAGAAUGGCUCGGAAAAGAAAAUGAACCUUUAAAAGGUUUCGAUUGGCGUGGUGGAGCUACUCGCCAUACAACAGGAAUGCUUAUGUGGAGUGAACCAUUCCUUUUAUCAUUACCAAAUGGAGAAGAAAUUGCAGUUUUCCUUAUGGAUACACAAGGAACAUUUGAUUCUAAUUCAACUGUAUUUGAAAAUGCAUUUAUAUUUGCAUUAACAUUAAUGGUUAGUAGUGUAACUGUUUAUAAUAUAAUGCAUAAUUUACAAGAAGAUAAUUUACAACAUUUAUCAUUUUUUGCUGAGUAUGGUGUUUUAGCUAUUGAUGCAUAUCAUACAUCACCAUUUCAACAAUUAACAUUUCUUGUACGUGAUUGGCAAUUUGAAUAUGAAACACCGUAUGGUUUUAAUGGUGGAGAAGAGGUGUUAUCAGAUCGUUUGAAAAUUCGAGAAAAUCAACAUCGUGAUCUUGAAUUAGUUCGUUCACGUUUACGUCAAUGUUUUCGUAAAGUAAAUUGUUUUCUUAUGCCACAUCCUGGUCUUAAAGUAACAAAUCGAAAAGAAUUCGAUGGACGAUUAUCAGAUAUCGAAACAGAUUUUAAAACACAAUUACAAUCACUUAUACCAGAAACAUUUAAUAUUGAAAAUGAAAAUUUUAUUAAAGAAAUAAAUGGAGAACAAAUUACAUCUACGGAUUUAUUUGAAUACUUUAAAAGUUAUUGUGCUGUAUUUGCUUCGGGAAUUUUACCAUCACCAAAAGCUAUGCUUGAAGCAACAGCUGAAGCUAAUAAUUUAGCUGCUAAAUCAACAGCAAAAGAAUUUUAUAUUCGUGCAAUAGAGCAGCAUUGUGGUGGUGAUCGACCAUAUAUUCAUCCAAAUCAAUUAGAUACUCUUCAUCAAGAAGUUCGUCGACAAUCAAUUGAAAAAUUUCGUUGUGCACGUAAAAUGGGUGGUGAACAAAUGUCCCAAAGUUAUCUACAAGAAUUAGAAAAUGAAAUUGCCGAACUUUACUCGAAUUAUAAAAAACAUAAUGAUUCAAAAAAUGUCUUUGCAUUCAGUCGUACACCAACAACAUUUAUAUCAACAAUGGUUAUAUGUUAUUUAAUCGCUGGUUUAUUGGAUACAUUUUGGCUUGGAGGAAUUAAUUUUAUAUUUAUGUUUGCAUUUUGGGUUUGUUUUGCUUUAUUAUUUGUAUGGUUAUAUGCAAAAUAUUCAGGAGAAUAUGCAGAAGUGGGCGAAUAUAUCGAUCAUUUUGCUGAUGUUGUUUGGAAUAAUGCAUUUCAACCCGUGUAUUCAAAAUGUUUACAAUCUGCAAUGCGUUCUGUACUUGGACAUGCGAAAACUGAUUAA